ACAAAACAAUAGGUGAAGAAGAAGAAUUGGCGGUUCAUUCUUAACCACACUAAUUUUCUUUUCGAAAUUUUUAAACUGGUAAUUUGAAAUAUAAACUAAAAUGUCUAGUGAUAUGAGUGACCAAGUGAUAAAACCUAUUGAUAGAAGUACUGUACAUAGAAUAUGUUCUGGCCAGGUGGUAUUAAGUUUGGCAAUUGCAAUGAAAGAAUUGGUUGAAAAUUCAAUAGACGCAGGAGCGACAAUCAUAGAAAUAUUUCUUAAAGAAUAUGGGUCCGAACUACUUGAAGUACAUGACAACGGAAGUGGUGUUAAAAGUGAUAACUUCGAAAAUUUAACAUUAAAACAUUACACUUCUAAAAUAAGACAAUUUGAAGAUUUGCAACACCUGGGAACACUUGGCUUUAGAGGAGAAGCUUUAAGUUCUUUAUGUGCAUUAUCUGAUUUGGUGAUAACAACAAGACACAGUUCAGCCGAAUUUGCGACUAAAAUCAAAUAUGACCGAAACGGUAAAAUAGUAAGCGAAAGUCCGGUAGCAAGAGAAAUAGGUACCACAGUUGCAUUAACUAACUUGUUUUCAACUUUACCAGUGAGACGGAAAGAAUUUUUGAAAAAUUUAAAGAGAGAAUUUAACAAGUUAUGCCAAUUAUUAUAUGGAUAUUGCCUUGUAUCUAAGGGAAUCAAAUUCAUUUGUACAAAUACGACUGGUACAGGAUCAAAAAGUACAGUGACUUCUACAGAUGGUAAAGAGACAGUUCGAGAUAACAUAGUCAAUGUAUUUGGUACAAGACAAAUAGCAUCGUUAAUAGAUGUCGUACUAAAACACCCCGAUGAAGAAGUUUUAAAGGAAUUUAAUAUUAAACUUUCUACCGAGGAUCCUUUACCAUUUACAGUAGAGUUUUUAAUAUCCAGUGUAAUUCAUGGAUCUGGAAGAAGCGUAAACGAUAGACAAUUUUAUUAUAUCAAUUCCAGGCCGUGUGAACCUUCAAAAAUAAUGAAAUUAGUUAAUGAAAUAUACAAAUUGUUCAAUUCGAACCAAUAUCCUUUUGUAUUUUUAAACAUUAUGACGAAAUCAAUGCUAGUCGAUGUAAACAUUACGCCCGACAAAAGACAAGUUUUUCUCGAAAACGAAAAACUAUUACUCGCCACUAUAAAAGCAUCUCUACUGGCAGCUUUCAAAGAAUUCCCUUCUACAUAUCAAAUGCAAAAUUUAAAUCUAACAACUUUUUUAUCACAAGAUAAAGGUAUAAAAAGAAGUUUAACUGAUAACUCUAUAGAAGAAAAUCGUAAGUUGGAACGUUUUAAGAAAAGAUCCAAAACAGAAGGAAGUUCAGUUGAUAGUAAAAUCGAUUUGAAGGAUUUCGUGAUUAAACCUAAAAACAAAUCAAAUUUAAAUGAAGAAAAUUGUGUAAAUCGAGAUUUAUUCGAUGAAAAAAUAGAUGAAGUCAUAGAUGUAGCAUGCAAACUUGUUAAAGAUGAAAAUGUUAAUACGAUAGAUGAUAAUAUUGAAAUUACUCUCCAUCAAAAAGAUAAAAAUAUUAAUAAGGUAGAAGAAUGUAGUAAACUAGAUGAUCUUGAGAUAAGUCUCGACCAACCUUUGAGUAUAAAACCUUCAAAAGAACAAAAAAUAUUCAAUGUAACUCUAGAUGAAAUAAAGAGAUGUAAAGAAACAAGCAACGAUCCCAGUCAAUGUAUAAAAGUGAAUUUCAGGACUGAAAUAAAAAGCGAACAUAACAAAUUAGCCGAAGAAGAAUUACAAAAACAAAUAAAACAAUCAGAUUUUAGCGACAUGGUGAUAUUAGGCCAAUUUAAUAAAGGUUUCAUUAUUACGAAAUUGAAAGAUGAUUUGUUCAUCAUAGACCAACACGCUAGUGAUGAAAAAUAUAACUAUGAACAACUGCAAUUGACAACCGUUAUAGAUUCUCAGGUACUAGUUAACCCAAAACAGUUGGAACUUACCGCGGGAAAUGAAAGUCUGUUAAUUGAAAAUUUGGAUGUUUUUAAAAAGAAUGGAUUUUCUUUCAAAAUCGAUCAUCAAGCACCCUGUACAAAAAAAGUCGCAUUAGCAGCUAUUCCAAUUAGUCGAAAUUUCGUUUUUGCCAAAGAUGACAUAGAUGAAAUGCUACUGAUGUUGCAGGAAUCCAAUACGACAUGUGUACCGAGUAAAUUGAGAAAAAUGUUCGCCUCAAGAGCUUGUAGAAAAUCCGUAAUGAUAGGAACGCCCCUCAAUAAAACCGAUAUGAAAAAAAUAGUGGAACAUAUGGGUCAAAUUGAUCAACCAUGGAAUUGCCCACAUGGUAGACCAACAAUGAGGCAUUUGAUAAAUUUGCGAUUGAUUGAAAGAAAUUAAUAAUUUUUAAUAUUUCUACCUGGAUGUUGAAUAAAACUCUGAAUAAUAUAUUAUUUUUUAUAUUUAC